CGUAACAUCAUCGCGUCAGCACUUCAUUUAAAUCGUCGUUCUCGUUUCGCCACUCGCUUCGUGGUCGUUGGGUGUCCUCGUGUCUCCGUUUUUCUUUCAAACGGGGUGAUCAUGAAUCAGAAUAGAGCGCAAUAUUCAGCAUUUUCCAGAAAAUUUCUAGAGAAGCACAGCGCGGAAGCAAAAGGUUUUUUGUAGCUCCUGUGAGUUCAUCUAUGUAAGUCAGAGUUUAAGUCGCAGUUCUUUGCGCCGGAUAGAAAACUGCACAAGCAGUCUAUCUAAGCACCUACUUAAGUACUUAGGAAAAAACCAGAUUAGAACUAAGACUCAAUCCGAAUCCGCGGCCGCAUCGCCAAGACCACAAUAAGUGAAAGUCACGAUGUCGUCCCUGGAAGAGUGUUUCAAAGGGUUGAUUGCCCUUGUGUCCACCGAGCAAGGUGGCGAGCAAGCCGAAGCUGCUCCAACCACGGCGCCCGUUGUCCCGGGUGAAGGUACCACUCCGGUGGACGAAGUCAACCAGCAUGCCGACACGUCCCUGCUGAAGGGAAAAGAGGAGGAUCGGGUUGCGGCCGAGCAAUCGGAAAAGCCGCAGGCGGCGGCUGCGGAGGGGGGAGCUGAUGAUGACGAAAAGGAAAAGCCGGAACAGGAUCUGGAAAUGAAGCCCUCUGAUGUGCUGGCGGACGCUAUUACGGCGCAGCCGCCGGUCGUGAACCUGACCUCCCCCGCGAUCAUGAUCGGAAUGAAACAGCCCCUCGUCGUCGAUGUCAACACCAUUGCGGAGGCCGAUUUGGUCCUGCUGAAGGGCGAAGUGAAGGAACCGACCAGCACCAAGUCCUCUACCACCGCUGCCUCCGCGUCGGCGUCCGAGGCCGUAUGAAUUUGCUGGAGUGCUUUUUCUUCUGCAUAGAAGAGGCUUCUCAUGAUUUGUUUCUCGCUUUUUAAAAAAGCGAGAAACAAAUCAUGAGAAGCCUCUACCACGCACCCAUGGUGCGUGGUAGAUUUUCAUUUUUACCGAGGAAAUAUUUACAUAGAACUGCAACGCAGAUCAAAUACUCUAUAGAACCGAAUUAGCGGCCCUUUCAUAAGUCCAGACAUUUGACGCCCCAUCGCUCGGAAUAAUUUUAGCGAGCGCGAGUAGCUGAUGACUAGGAAUGGAAAACAAAAACGCGUCGGAACCUUUGUGCGCUGCGUCUGCUGCUCGUCCUUGUGCGACAGGCGUGCGCCCUUUAUUUCCGUAGAACAAACAGCGCAAGUUGCUUCUAUGUAUUCAAGAUGCAUACGCGUAAUCAUUGGCGUAGCGCGUCUGCGGCAACUGCACAGCCCAGGCGCAAGAACUGAACAAGAAAACGAGCAAGGCAACUGAAAAUCGGAAAGCUUACCCCUCGCCCGCCGCAAUCCCAUGCUGCGUGCGCGACGAGUGGCGCUAUUAAUUGCUCUCCUUUCCGGACAAUGAAAAACGCAAGUCGGUUUCUGCAUUUGCGAUGCCUAUCGUUUGCUUUUCCUUGUGAUAGUGCAUCUGCCGCAACUUGCACAGUCUGGCUGCUAGAAAGCCACCAUUUAAAUUCUCACAACCUCAAUACUUUUUCAGGUAAUGGGCAGCCGUGGCUUGGGCACGAGAACGAGACUUGAAAAAGGGAGGUUAGGAAAAAUGAAUUGGCGCCUUUUUCCCAACCGCCCUUUUCAUUUGAAUGGGGAAAAAAAAAUGUGCCGCUUUUCCAGGCUGAACCUGGGAAAGCGGCCGGAUUUUUUUUCCUACCCGCCUUUUUCAUUUUGAAAAGGGCGGUUAGCAAAAGUGCGCGAAUUCAUUUUUCCUAACCUCCCUUUUUGAAAUGCAAACAGAGGUUAGCCCAUUGAAAUUUUUCCUGACCGCCCUUUUCAAAAUGAAAACCUCGGUUAGGAAAAAUGAUUUUGGCCUUUUUUCCUAACCAAGGUUUUCAAAAUGAAAACCUUGGUUAGGAAAAAAAAAUGUGGCCGUUUGCCAAGGCCGCCUUCGCAAACGGCCACAUUUAUUUUUCCUAACCGAGGUUUUCAUUUUGAAAACCUUGGUUAGGAAAAGUGCGCGAAUUCAUUUUUCCUAACCUAGGUUUUUGAAAUGCAAACCUAGGUUAGCCCUCUGAAAUUUUUGGGCAGGAGCUAACUCCCGAAGGAAGAAGGUUACGACUCGGGCGCGCGCAGCGCGCGAAAAUUUUUUUUAUUCCCACGGCGCCAGCAUCAUGUGCGCGCGCAGUGUGUGAAAGGGAGUGCGUGGCCGCGCGCUUUUUUUUUCCUAACCGCCCUUUUCAUUUUGAAAAGGGCGGCUAGCAAAAGCCCGCCAAUUCAUUUUUCCUAACCUAGGUUUUUGAAAUGCAAACCUAGGUUAGCCAACUGAAAUUUUUGGGCAGGAGCUAACUCCCCUUUUUGAAAUGCAAAGGAAGGUUAGCUACCCGAAAUUUUUGCCCAGGGACCGGGCUAGCCUCUCUUUUUGAAAUGCAAAGGGAGGUUAGCCACUCGAAAACUUUGCCCAGGGACCGGGCUAGCCUCCCUUUUUGAAAUGCAAAGGGAGGUUAGCUACUCGAAAACUUUGCCCAGGGACCGGGCUAGCCUCCCUUUUUGAAAUGCAAAGGGAGGUUAGCCACCCGAAAUUUUUGUCCCAGGACCGGGCUAGAUUUCCUGUACAAAAUGCAAAGGGCGGUUAGCCCCUCGGAAUUAUUGCGAAAGAACCGCGCUAGCUCCCUUUUUAGAAACGCAGAGGACAGAUAGCCCCCCGAUGCUUCUGCGUCGCCGGCAUUGGGGUUAGCAUGCAAGGGUCUUUACAGUGCAGGCAGAGGCUAGUCUGCCUGGCAAAUUCUUUGUGCUCCGCGCGGCAUGGUUUCGGUUCGACUAGUGCUUAGCCCAUACGACGUCACGCGCGUCAGGCUCUGUCGUCAAGCGUCCGGGCGUCAAAUGUUGUCUCGUGACCUCUGACCUUAUUUGAGGGCCGCUUAUUACGCGACGUAGAGUAUACAAAAUCAAAAAACCGUAGGAAAGCGGGAAAGUGAAAGGCGCUAAGAAAACCCGGUCGCCCAAAAAGGCGAACAAGGUGAAGUCGCCGAAAAAGGAAGAAUCGCCGAAGAAAAGCCGUGGGGGAAAGUCGGAACGACAGGUAAGUAGCUUGUUGCUUGUGUGAGUCGGAGUCCGAACUUGAGCUACAACCGAGAAAGAAUAGCUUCCUGACGGAGUGUCAUCAUGUUUUUUUGACACGGACACUCACGCUGCUUUGUUUGCACUACACGUACUUUUGUCAUGUUCUUCACCAGUCUUGUUCAGUUCUGCAAUAAAAAUGAACAGCUGCUCCAAGCCGAAUUUGACGCGGCGAUGCGCGCUGCGAAAAUGGCUAGCCCAGCGAAAACCCCGGGGAAGAAGAAGACUGACACCAACUCGCGGAUGAAAAACAACUACAAAAUCGAGCGAGCGCAGAAGUACUGCAGCUCUCCGUGAUGAAGAAGGGGCGUUACGUCUGCGGGUCCGUGGUUUACUCGCACAAUGAACCGGUAUCGGUAGAAGCGAUAUUACAACUUCGUUCUUGUUGCUUUUUUGAAUCAAUUUGACAUUUUUGUCUCUGUGUCUUGAUAUAGAUGCUUGCCUGUAGAUGUAUUUUUGAUGCCCUGAAGAAACAUUAACAUUCAGACUCUACGUCUACUCUCUCACUUUGCACAACAUUCUUGUUCAAUUCAAUUGCAAUUUAGUUGUCUUAGUACGCGAAGAUUACUACAGCCUUAUGUUAUCAUCUUGAUCCAUUGAUGCUUGCGACUUGUUGUCUCAUUGUAACCUCCUGUAUUCCUGUUUGUCAGAUUGACCUGAAUCAGAGCGCCGCCAUGCUGUUUCGAACGAUCGUGUCUUUCUCAAACUCUAUCAAGGCUGUAGAACAAGACGAAGAGGCCGCAGAUGCAAAACAAUAUGAAGUCCUCCAUUGACUCCAAUAAUUAACGCUGCAGCUAAAUCUUUUUCAAAAAAUACCAAAAAUAGAUCACGCUAUACACGUAGGCACGCAUUUCGGCCCCAAAAAAAAACUACACGCAGGCACACCAGCAGACCAAAAGACAAAUAUAAAAAAAC